AUUGUUGUGAUAAACUUAUUAAAUAGAUCAGACGAAUUAUGAUUUCAAAUAGUCUCCGUAGAUUUAACUGGCGAUGUAUCCGAUCUUUCACUUAUCAACGUCAGAAAAACACCGCAUUUAAUCUAAUAAGUGUUCUCAGUCCAAGAGUAUGUUCACUAAUGGGCCAACGAGGCUCGAAAAUCAGUCGAGAUCAGCUGACCAAAUAUUUGCAGAAAAGGGGCUCCAAUGUGUUGUAUGUGGCUCAUCAAAAUCGAGACGUGAAAGUGAUCCGGUUGAUGUUUAUGGGAACAAUGGCUGCUACUCUUUUUCUUACAUGGAACGUCAAAGAGACUCUCACUCAAUCCAUAGAAAGUGGGAAGUUGUUUCAAAACUGGGUCUACAAAUUUACAGUUUACGGCAUGCCAGCAAUAAGUUUUAUAAUCUUCUUGAUUGUGGCUGCUCGCCUACGGUCGUAUGUCUGCAGAAUGGAGUACAUGCCAAAAUCGGAUGCGGUUUUGAUCCAGUGUGAAACAGUUCUGGGCUUGAAAUACAGGUCUCUCGAAGUAAGCAGAACCAAGCUGCAAAUAUCUCCGAAAGUGGCCAACAAACAAAUAUCUGCAAAAAUUGACGGACAUUACAUACCUUUCACUUUGGCAGUGGAUGCAGAUUUCAACGACACUGUCUUGUACUCGUUGUAGUUUUUGUGCGAGUUAAUAUUCCGACGAAAACUGAAGAUGAGUUUAGACCAGUGCUGGGAUUCGAAUAUGGAAUUUUGGCGUUUCUAUGGACAAUGAACUGAAUAAUUGGAAAGUUUAUCUUUGAAAUGCUUCCUUGAAGAAAAUAGUAAACGAGUCUUGAAUUUGUUGACUUGCCUUGUGUGUUCGAUAAAUAUUGAGUAAAAACUUCUUGUCGA